ACCAGCUGUCCCGGGCUAACCCUGCUCCUCGCUGAAGAUGGAGGAAGUAAAAACAGGAUUACCCUUAGCUACAGAUCCACUGCCUUAGUUUGCACCACCAACUGCAGUGCACAAACACACGUUAGGCACAGGAAAGAAAGAAAGAGAGAGAGGGAGAGGACACACUAACAGUAAACACAAACAAAAGGGUGAUGGGAUUAUUUUACUGCAUGCACUGCUGAGCCCGACAUUGUCACCUCCUCUUUGAGGGGUUAGAAGAAGCUGGGAUCUCCCGACAGAGCUGGAAAUGGUGAUGAAUGUUUUUUAAUCAAAGGACAAUUUCUUUUCACUGCACUUUGACUAUGGAAACAGAGGCUAUUGAUGGCUACUUAACAUCAGGUGACAAUGAGCUUUCACCUGAAGGGGAGCACGCCAAUAUGGCCAUUGACCUCACCUCAAGCACACCCAAUGGACAGCACGCCUCACCAAGUCACAUGACAAGCACAAAUUCUGUAAAGCUAGAAAUGCAGAGUGAUGAAGAGUGUGACAGGAAACCCCUGAGCCGCGAAGAUGAGAUCAGGGGCCAUGAUGAGGGGAGCAGCCUAGAAGAACCCCUAAUUGAGAGCAGCGAGGUGGCUGACAACAGGAAAGUCCAGGAUCUUCAAGGCGAGGGAGGAAUCCGGCUUCCGAAUGGUAAACUGAAAUGUGACGUCUGUGGCAUGGUUUGCAUUGGGCCCAAUGUGCUUAUGGUACAUAAAAGGAGUCACACUGGUGAGCGCCCCUUCCACUGUAACCAGUGCGGAGCUUCUUUCACCCAGAAGGGCAACCUUCUGAGACACAUAAAGUUACACUCUGGAGAAAAGCCGUUCAAAUGUCCUUUCUGUAGCUAUGCUUGUAGAAGAAGGGACGCGCUCACAGGACACCUCAGGACCCACUCUGUGGGUAAACCUCACAAGUGUAACUACUGUGGACGAAGCUACAAGCAGCGCAGCUCACUGGAAGAGCACAAGGAACGCUGUCACAACUAUCUCCAGAAUGUCAGCAUGGAAGCUGCUGGGCAGGUCAUGAGUCACCAUGUACCGCCUAUGGAAGAUUGUAAAGAACAAGAGCCUAUUAUGGACAACAAUAUUUCUCUGGUGCCUUUUGAGAGACCUGCUGUCAUAGAGAAGCUCACAGCAAAUAUGGGAAAGCGCAAAAGCUCCACUCCACAGAAGUUUGUGGGGGAAAAGCUGAUGCGAUUCAGCUACCCAGAUAUCCAUUUUGAUAUGAACCUAACGUAUGAGAAGGAGGCUGAGCUGAUGCAGUCUCAUAUGAUGGACCAAGCCAUCAACAAUGCAAUCACCUACCUUGGGGCUGAGGCCCUUCACCCUCUGAUGCAGCACGCACCAAGCACAAUCGCCGAGGUAGCCCCAGUUAUAAGCUCAGCUUAUUCUCAGGUCUAUCAUCCCAACAGGAUAGAAAGACCCAUUAGCAGGGAAACGUCUGAUAGUCAUGAAAACAACAUGGAUGGCCCCAUCUCUCUCAUCAGACCAAAGAGUCGACCCCAGGAAAGAGAGGCCUCUCCCAGCAAUAGCUGCCUCGAUUCUACUGACUCAGAGAGCAGCCACGAUGACCACCAGUCCUACCAAGGAAACCCUGCCUUAAAUCCCAAGAGGAAACAAAGCCCAGCUUACAUGAAGGAGGAUGUCAAGGCUUUGGAUGCUACCAAGGCCACCAAGGGCUCUCUGAAGGACAUCUAUAAAGUUUUCAAUGGAGAAGGAGAACAGAUAAGGGCCUUCAAGUGUGAGCACUGCCGAGUCCUUUUCCUAGACCAUGUCAUGUACACCAUUCACAUGGGUUGCCAUGGCUACCGGGACCCACUGGAAUGCAACAUCUGUGGCUACAGAAGCCAGGACCGUUAUGAGUUUUCAUCACACAUUGUUCGAGGGGAGCACACAUUCCACUAGGCCUUUUCAUUUCAAAGGGGACCCCUAUGAAGAACUGCACAGGAAGAAAUACUGCACUUACAGUCCCACCUUUCCUCAGAUGGUGACACACUUUCUCCUUAAUUCUGUCACUGUCUAUAAUUCUUAUUUUGUGGACAACAUGUCAUUUGCUCUGCCUAAUUAUAUUAAGAAAGAAACAAGGGAAAAGGGAUGGGAUCUUCACUGAUGCUGUGGCUUUUUUUUUUUUUUCUUGUGGGCCUCUAAAGCAGUUUGUUUCAGCCAUGCAUCCAUAUUAAGGCCUGCCAUGCUUUGGAGAAUCAUUUGGUUCAUAGAGAUUCACCUAAAAUAUUCUGAUUUGCCAUUGAUGUUCAGGAUCGUGAGAGAAGGCAGGAAAGUUGAGAGUUUUCUGGUUAGGACUUUGGCAAUUUGAAAUGGCCUAAGUAAUUUGAUUCUCAAAGAUGUUUCAAAAUGUAAACCCAUUUUUAAUUUUCUGUUCUUAGAGAUCAUGGAACACAAACACAUUGUUAUUUUCAAUAACUCCUUGGAUGAGUUGACUUGUUGUGGGUUCUAUGUUUACCUCCCCAACGGAAUUUAUAAUUCAGUAUGUUUUACACUGUAUCAUAGAGUAAAACUUUUAAACUACAGGUAGUUAAGGGCCACUACGAUAUGUCUGAGGUCCUUUGAUCUUAUUUUUCUAAACUUGCGCACUGUUUUUCCAUAGUUUUGAUGACUGGCAUUUUAUAGACACCCUGGCAGCCUUACUUUUAACACCUGUAACAAAUAGUAUUUUUAUGUAGUUUUCAGAAUCACAUAUGGUCUAAGAGUGGGUAAGAGGCAGUCAGUAAUUUCCAGGAAGAAUUCUGCUUUUCACAAUUUGAGAUUUUUUUUCUUUUAAGUCGUAAUACGAUGGUAGCCUAGUAUCCAUAUUUGUUUCUAAAGGUGUGUUUACGAUUGUCACUUUAUCAGCAUUUAAUCAGUGUUAACCAGUCAGCAGAAAAGUGUAAUUAGGCUAACAGUAGGGGGAAAUCCCACUCUGAGAACCCUCUUCUGGUAUUUUUCUUCAAGCUGUGACCACUCAGUGUUCUAUCCAUAGUCCAUUCCUCUUUGACUUUUGGAAUAGAAGAUCUUAAGGCCUGACUAUCCACUGCUUCUUUCUAAAUCUGGGAGCAGCUAAUUGGACCUGAAUAUGGUCACUUGAACCCUGGAAGGUCAUUCAUUAACUAGGGCUAUUUAUUCCACUAUUUCUUCAGUAAUAAUGGUACUACCUUUGCUGCAGACAAAAGGGAACUUCUUUGUAACCUUAAUAUCACACUGCAGGUCAAACAAAAGAGCAUCAAAGUUUUCUUUUACCCUUCUUGGAGUUAAGAAAGUGACAGUCUUCAGGUAAGGUCCUGCACUUUAAAAAAUUCAACUCUAAAAGUCCUUGUCAGAAAGGCAUCGAAAUCCCUUAGUAGAGAAUUAUCUGCCCUCUCUUUAUUUGCACAAGGCAUAUACUUCCAUGUUUCAUGUGCAGGUUUUAAGGUGAUCUCUCUGAGUGCUUGGCUUUCUCUCUGGAGUCCACUGGCAUUUGUGAGUGGGAUUGGAGCACACUGUUCUCAAGUCAGUUGGGAGAAUGCAUUUGGCAGACAUAACUUGUUGCGUGAGUUUGAGGAAAACAGCCUGACCAUGACUGGAUUAUCUGAUAGCCAUUUGUAAAUGCAGAAGGUCUGCUAAACAGUAACAAAUAAGUGCUCCAACUGGCCCUUGAAUAGGAUGCUGAAGCCAUGGAACUGCAAGGUGACCUGGGCAGGAUCAGGAACUAUUCACUGAUGAGCAAGCAGUGUUCUCUUAACUGGCUUUGCAAGUUUCCAUCUGUUCACUUGAAGAACUUUUUAGCUCUAACAUAGCUGGAGCUAGGUAGAAAAGUUCUGAAUUAUCUCUUUUACUAAUCCCUACCUUAGUUAUUUCUGGACAAAUUGUCCAAAUGGUUCCCUUACUUGUAAGAGAAUGCACCAAAAUAGAGAUAUAGCGGAUGCCAACUAUUGGUUUUUUUUUUUUUUUUUUUUAAUCCCUUGGUAAUUUGUGAAAACACAGUUUACUCAGGGAGAAAGCAUCUUGUCAAGACUCCCUUACCCCCAGUUCUACCCUGCACACUCUGGAAUCCUAAUGGAAAUGACAUUUAUGCUUGAAUGAGGUAAACAAUGUUAAGGCUUAUGAUUUUUCGGUUUUUUGCAAUUUAACAAAGCAUUUGGAUGUCUGUCAAUGUGUUCAUAAUUUUGGCCCUGUGAAUUUCUGCUGGCAUCCAUUUUAUCAAUUUUCUUCAUUUUCUCUCCUCAUACCUACUGUAUUAACAAUCAUGAUCUGCCUGCCCUUGGAUUAAACUGAAUUUAGGUGUACCUAAAGAUUUGUGUACUACCCCUUUGAAGAUGGUACGAACAUACUCCCUACCUUUCUAAUUCCAUCUUAGUGGAAAACCUGAUUUAUUCAAAAAAUCAGCUAUGAAGGUGUAUCUGCUAUUCGUAUACACUAGCAUUUUUUUUUAAGAUGCAUGACUUAAGGUAGAAAAAAAAAAAAAAAAAAAAAAAAAAACAGAUGGCUCAGGUGUGACAGAGACAAAUGAGGACAAAGUGAAUUCAAAGUUUGUAGGUUACAGUGAAUUUUGUGGACGUAGUGCUGUCUGAGGGACUCUCAAUGACUUUUUCACCAAAGAGAAUAGGUGACAUGGUAGCACCUAAAAAUAAAUGUGAGGGCCAGAUACCAAAUAAAUCAAAUUUGCAUAACACUUACAAACCCAGUUUAUUUAGGUGAGAUUUAACAGUUGAGUGAGUGUUUGAGGGGCAUGAAAAUGGGUUACCCUCUGUGUUUUCCAGUUUGGCAGAAAUUUAUCAGCUGAUUCUGUCCUAAUUUUGCCGAAUUUUUUUUUUGUUUUGUUAUCACCAGUUCUUUCUGGAGAAACACACUGCCUCUCUGUAAUUGUGAUGAAUUGCUGUUUGAAAGGUCUUCUAGAACAGUGACCAGCACCAUGAGCAGUAGAGAGAGGCAGGAAGCACUGUCGUUCAAACAUUCCGUUGAGAAUUUUCUGAAUAAAACGGGCUGUUUUAAUGCAUUAAAGUUUGCAGGCACGUGUGUAUCACACAUUCUUUUAAUGAAGAUUCAUGAAAAGAAGCGGUUAGCAUCACCAGAUGUGUUACAAAAGCUUAGAAGUAAGAGUACAGUUAAUAUAUCAGCACUUAGGUCUUCUUUACCAGGUUGUAUUAAGAAAUCCCGAAGUUGGCAGUGUAUAUUUAGGGCUAGUGGCAAAUUAAAUCCCAUGUUUCCAUUGUCUACAUCCAGGGGGCAGGAGGGUUUUAACCUGUGAGAAUUUAAAGAAAUACAGAUUCUUUUGUUUUGUUUUGUUUUCUUUUAGAGAGGAAGAAAAUACAGGAAAUGAUUUAGCAAUUUUGUCCUGUAUUUGUGCUUUUUUGUGUCACAGUUGGGUACCUCACAAAACCUUGACUUUUGUGUGUUUUAAAUUUUAACUCUAUAUUUCCCAAGUCUUACUUCAUCUUAUCUCCAAAAUGGUAAGUUAUGUUAGAAAGAUAAGCAGAGGAGGCUGUACUGGACCAGGGAAGCUGCCUGCCCCUAGAUUCAGGACAGUGCCUAGACUAUCAGGACAUCUGACUACACAUUUUUUAGCCCUGAAUUAUUCAUUAUUAUGAAAUUGUAGAUUUGUGGUCGUCAUCAUUUAUAUUUCACGUUAUUUUAACACAUACUGCCUGUGUAUUCUACAGUAAAAACUCCCCGUAUUCAAAAGGGAAAAAAAUAAAGUGAGGGGUAAAUUUAAGCUUUGUAUAUAUAAAAGUUAUUUUAUAAAUAUUUUAGUCUUCCAGUUUCUGCAAAAUAAUUAAAAUAUACAGUAACUGGUCUCAAAUUCUGAAUUUAAUGUAUUAAAUACUUAUAAAAUUUUCUAUUGGUGCCUUUUAAAAUUUCAUUGAGAGUGUUGGUGAGCUGGUUUAGCUCUACCAACUUUUCCUGUGUAUUUAAAAAGAAAAUCACAUAAAAUUUAAGUACUCUCUAAUUCAUCUUUGUGAUCUUAGCAAAAAAAAAAAAAAGGGGGGGGGGAA